UGAAACUUUUAAUGAUGAUCGAAGAUAUCUUUUUAUUAUAACUUCACUUUUACAAGAUAUCAUAACUUUAGGAACGACAAAUGUAUAGUUACAAGUUACAAGUUACAAGUUUGAAUCACCGGCGCUUUCUGAGAACUCGCGGCUGAAACCAUUGUUUAUGAAUCUUUACAAUGAUUUAUUUUAUAACAUAACUUGACUAUUUUUAAAGAAGUGUAGGCAAUGUUUGUACGAAUAAAAACAAUAAACACUUUUAUAUAUAUAAAAUUUUAAUAAAUAAAAUUAUUAGAACGCUAUAAGAAUCUCUAACCUCUAUUCUAUAUCAAAUAUAAUUAUUUAAAUUUGUUUAUAAUGGCGAAUACAGAUAAUGAUAGAAUUGUUGUAUUAAUUGAUAUGGAUUGUUUCUUCUGUCAAGUUGAAACAAAACUUCAACCAGCAUAUGCUGGAAAACCACUUGCUGUUGUUCAGUAUAAUCAGUGGCAGUUAGGAGGAAUAAUUGCUGUUAAUUAUGAGGCAAGAGAAUAUGGGGUUACUAGACACAUGAGAGGUGAAGAAGCCAAACAAAAAUGUUCGGAUCUUAUUUUAGCUUCUGUACCAUGUCUUCGUGGAAAAGCAGAUACAUCUAGAUAUAGAAGUGCUGGACGUGAGGUUGUUGAUGUCAUAAAGAAACAUUGCAAUAUAAUAGAAAAAGCUAGUGUGGAUGAAGCAUAUUUAGAUAUUACUGACAUUGUUGUUAAAAAAAUGUCUACAAACUCUAUUUCUCAAGAGCGUUUAACAACACAGCUUUGUAAUACAUUUGUAGUGGGAUAUUCAGAAAUUGGAAAUAAUGAUGAAGAGGAAAGAUGUAAAGGACUAAAUAGUUGGCUUACAAAUAUUUUUGAAGAAUUUGAAGAUGUACAAACUCAGAAACUUGCAUUAGCUGGAAUGAUAGUUGAAGAAUUAAGAAAUGACAUAUUUAAAGAAACAGGAUUCAAAUGUUCUGCUGGUAUUUCAUUCAAUAAGAUAUUAGCUAAAUUAGCAUGUGGAUUGCAUAAACCGAAUAGACAGACAAUUUUACCUUUGAAUGCAGUGUCAAAACUUUAUUCAACAUUACCUAUAAAAAAAGUUAGAAAUCUUGGUGGAAAGUUUGGAGAUGUUGUUAUUGAAUCUCUUAAUUGUAAUGUUAUGGGUGACUUAUUGCAGUAUUCAUUGCAAUAUUUACAAAAACGUUUUGAUGACAAAACGGGAUUAUGGUUAUUUAAUAUUGCUCGAGGUAUAGACAACGAGCCUGUCACUACACGACUUGUAUCAAAGUCAAUUGGAGCAUGCAAAACGUUUCCAGGAAAACUGGCUAUUACUUCGUUAGAUGUGUUAAAACAUUGGGCUAGUGAGUUGUCAGCAGAAGUUUGUGAACGUUUGGAACAAGAUCUUCAGGAAAAUGAACGACGUGCAACGUUACUUACAAUAUGCUAUCACUAUUAUCAAAACAGAAGUACUGUAUCUCAAUCACGUUCGUGCGCUUUAAAUUCGUAUAAACCAGAAAAAAUGGCAAUUCGCUGUGUAGAAAUUAUAUCUAAAUCAACGCAAUGUCCAAUAGCAUAUUUAGGAAUCUCAGCUGGAAAAUUUAUUCCUGCUAAAGACAACGAAAAUCUUAGGAACUUCUUUAAAUUAAGUAAGACAAAACACACCCAGGACAUAAAUAAUCAAACAGAAAAUGUAAAACUAAAAUGUGUGGAGACAGAAGAUAGUAUUACUAAAAUAACGAAUAAUUUGCAACCAAAUAAAUGCAUUAGCACUUUUAAAAUUAAUGAAAUGAAUAACGCAUCACAUAGUAUAGUUAAAAAUAUACAGAAUUCUCAAAAUAGUUUAAAAUUAAAUAAACAAAUUUGUAAUGAGAAAACAGACAGUUCACCUACUUCUAGUAAAUUAAAUAAUUUAAUUAUGUCAUUAAACGAGCGAAGUAAGAAAUUGAAUAAUUAUAAUUUUAACAAUUCGUUAGAUCAAAAUGAUUUCAAAGAAUCAUUUUUUAUGAAUAUUUUUAAUUCAGAAAAAACCAAAUCGAAAGAUACAGAUGCAUGUGACAUUGAAAUGAUUGAAAUUAAUGAAGAUACGAAUAUUAAUUUCGAAUAUGAAAAUUUAAAUGAAAAUAAUGUACAAAAAAGUGAGAAUAAUCAUAAGAACGCUUCAGACAGUAGUACUGAAGAACAUAAUGAAUCUACAAGUAGUAAGGAUGAGAAAAAGCAACCAUCCUCAAACAUAAAUAUAAAUAACAAUAUAAAUCAUGGGCAAAGUACCAUAAAACUAAAAGAUAUAUUUCCUGAUUUGAAUAAUAUUGACCUUAGUGUACUUGCAUUAUUACCUUUAGAUUUACAAGAAGAAGCAAAAUUUUAUAUAAAAUCACAAAAUAAGAAGGAUAAUGCGAAAGAAAUUAUAGUAAGAAAUACAAAGGGAAAAAAUAGAUCUAAGACAAAUGAUUCAAAAGCAAAGAAACUUGGUGAUAUUUAUAGUUUCCUCGUUAGAAAAGAAUCUCCUAAUUUUAUUGAAGUGCCUUCUAAACAGUGUGUACAGUGUUGUCGAAUGAUACCUUUAUUAAAGUAUCAGGAGCAUUGCGAUUUUCAUGUGGCUGAAAAUCUGCAAAAGGAACUGAACAAUUCUGUGUCACAAACCGUAAAUAUAAAAAGAAAAGGCAACGUAUCUGACAUAAGUACGAAUUCCAUAAAACGUCGAUCGAGUGAAGGUACUUGAGAAAACUUGUAAUAUCUAAAAAUGUGUUUUAAAUAAAUUCUUAUAUUUUGUAGAUAAAUUUUUAAAUUAUAAUAACGAAAUAAAUAACACAAUGGUUAAAGUUACUUAUUUUUAAAAAGUACAUAAUAUCUGCAAA